AUGGGAAACAAUAUAGCUAAUGCAAAAGGAAGAGGUAAAAAGAAAGCCAAAGUAAUGAAAAUCGAUGGUGAAGUCUUUAAAUUAAAAACACCUAUAAAAGUCUUUGAAGUAAUCAAGGAUUACCCGGGUCAUGUCUUAUUGGAAUCAAAGGCCGUUAAACAAUAUGGUAUCAGAGCCAAUCCGUUAGACGCCGAAGAAUAUUUAGUACCCGGGAAGAUUUAUUUUCUUGUGGAGUUACCAAAGCUCCAUGAGACUUCGGAUAAGAGUGUUGUGACUAGAAGAGUGAAGUCGGGUGUGAACUUGACGAAAAACGAGAGGCUGCAACUUAUGAUGGAGGGUGAUGGACGUGACUUGGAUGGUUAUGGUUCGGUUCAAGUUAAGGUGAGGUUGCCAAAGGCCGAAAUGGAUAAGGUGGUUAAAGAAAGUAGAGAUGAGAUGGAGCUAGUGGAGAAGAUUGUUGAUCUUUAUGUACAUAAGAAGGCUGCUGGCCAUGAGCCACGGUUGAUUAGGGAGGAUUAA